AUGUAAUUUCCUCUAGACUGUAGACAAAACAUGAUGGGAGCCAAUCGGGUCAUUGCUAUUGCAGUCAAUAUGAAACUAGUCCUGCAAUCUGCAAAGCCCCUAUACCCCAGUUUACCUCUACAGAGGAAGUGUCACAAACCAAUACCCUGAGAAAAAAAAAUAUAUAACAGAUCAUGUUAUUUUGACCGAUCUCAUAUGAUACGAUCUUAUCUCUCAUCUCAACUUCCCUUCUUUGCUCGGAAGGUCAGAGGGCAACACCAAUUAUCACAUUUUAAGAACGCCUCCGGUUCUCUGAUUAUGAAUUAUACAGCUGCCUUACUGAGGACCCCCGCACAGCCUCCAUGGACAGGAAUGGUAACCAACAGCACCAUUGAUCUAAAUGAUCAAGCAUCGUCCAGGACCCCUGCACAGCCUCCAUGGACAGGAAUGGUAACCAACAGCACCCUUGAUCUAAAUGAUCAAGCAUCGUCCAGUGUGGAUGGACGACGUACUGAUGAGCCAUAUACUACUGCACAAUAUGACUAUUACGAGUUCUACAAUGGAAAUACUGAUCCAUCUGCAUAUUCCUGUGUUUAUGGAGAUCAUGCAGAUAUCUUCCUCCCUGUGUUAUACUUCCUGUUUUUUGUGGUGGGAUUUCUGGGUAACAUACUGGUGGUCUGGGUGGUCUUGAUGGGUGUGAAGCUGAGAAGCAUGACCGACAUCUGUCUCCUGAACCUGGCUAUAGCUGACCUGCUGCUGGUCUCCUCUCUUCCCUUCCUGGCACACUCUGCCAGAGACCAGUGGAUUUUUGGAGAUGGUAUGUGCAUUAUGGUCCUCAGUGUCUACCACAUUGGAUUCUACAGUGGGAUAUUCUUCAUUGUACUUAUGAGUGUUGAUCGAUACUUAGCUGUAGUUCAUGCUGUGUUUGCUUUGAGAGUCAGAACAAGGACAUAUGGGAUCUUAGCCAGUGUGGUCAUAUGGAUUGUUGCUGUUUCUGUAUCCUUUCCUGAGUUGAUGUACCUGAAAACCACAAAAAAUAAUAAUCAUACUUAUUGUACAUAUUAUCCAACCAAUGAUCAAACUUCUAAUCAUACACACAGGAUUAUUGGUAUCUUUAAAAUGAAUGUCAUGGGUUUAAUUCUCCCACUUAUUGUGAUUGGAUUUUGUUACUCACUGAUUCUGAAGAGACUCCUGACAGUUCGCUCUUCCAGGAAGCAGGCCAUGCGUCUAGUCAUUGUGGUGAUGGUGGUCUUCUUCUGCUGUUGGGCUCCAUACAAUGUUGCAGCUUUUGUGAAAGCUUUAGAGCUAAAAGAAUGGAUACCUAUUUCCUGUGCCAGCAGUAAGGCCAUCCGUCUAAGUCUUCAGAUCACAGAAUCUUUGGCUUACUCACACAGUUGCCUGAAUCCAAUGCUUUAUGUGUUUGUGGGAGAGAAAUUUAGGAGGCAUCUUUUUAGACUCCUGUACAGGACACCCUUCAGUAGAUUGCAAUUCAUGAAGAGUUAUAUUAUACAGGCCACAGGAUCUGUUUAUUCACAGACCACUAGUGUGGAUGAGAGAUCCGCUGCAGUGUGAGCGAAACAUUAAUUGGAGUAGGGAAUACAGGCCAAAAAAAACAAAUAUCUAAUAAGGAUUUACUUGGAUGAGAAAAAUGUUUCCCUUCCAGUACAUCUACUGACAGACACAAUUCAGCUUUUUGUGUUGUUAUUUCCAAAAUUGAACAGAAUAUAGAAGACUGCUCACAUUAAAAUGAUCAUACAAUGCCAUACACAAGCCUCAUAAUGUUAUUUGUGCAUAUUUUGUAAAUGUUUUAUAUUUUAUCAUCUUAUUUUUAUUCUUAUUUUUGUGGUUUUCUAGCAACUUUUAUAUUUUACAAGUAUACAUGCAUACAUAUAUUUGACUUUUACAGUUUUUUGUUUACUAAUACUGUAAUUAGAUGAACUAUAUUUUGUAAGAAUAAAUACCUUCAAUAAA